UCCAUAAAAGGCCCAUGCUGCAACAGUUGUGAUGAGAUGACUGUGUAGGAUUCCCUAUUACCGUACGCGCAUGAUUAGAAUUUGUCGCCACCAAGUCUGAAACAUGACUACGUGCCUUUUUCUUGGGAAAGAAGUUUAUUCACCAAACAAAUAGUUGUAAGAGGACGUCGGUUGAAGAUGUUGAAAACCUGAUCGGACAUCAUUACAUUUUGAGUGAAAAUCUAAAUAUACGAAAUUCGGCACAACUGAACAAACAGUUUCUCAUAAAAUGUACGAAUAUAGUGAUGCCUCAAUUUUAAAUCCAAACAAUGGAAAUAAAACUGUGCCAAAUGUUAUGUUUGAUAACACGAUUCCAAAUUUACCCACGAUGGAAGUUCAGGAAGGAGCAAAUUUGAAUGAGGGAAGCUCUAUACCGUUAGAGUCCAGUUCAUAUGGAGGCCCAGAGCAGACUUUGCCUAUGUACGCAAUCGAUAGUACUGUUCAACAAUUCGAAAUACCUGAUCCUGUUCUGCGGCGGACUUUCGCCCGAAAAGUUUUCAUUACAUUGCUACUACAACAUAUAAUUGCUUUGCCGAUUAUUGAAAUAUUUAUCGUCUGUUUCAAUCCAAUUUCACAUCCCGUUAUUCAAGGCGUACGAGGACUAGUGUUUUGUAUUCUCAUAGCACUUUAUUUUUUUAGUGACAUGCGGCGAUAUACACCCAUGAAUGCUAUCGUUUUUGUCAUAGUUACAUUGUUAAUGGCCAUAGAAGCAGGAGUCCUUGCAACGUGGAUUCAUUCUCAAAUUGCCAUAUUCCCUCAUCUUAUAGUCAUCGUGCAAAUAUUGGCUAUAGUUGGCUACUCCGAACAAACUCGAUAUAAAUUUACCGUUGUGAACGCUAUUUUAUUGGUUCUUCUGGUGUCAUUUGCUGGUCACUAUAUCACCGAAAUAAUAUUCUCCUCAUUUUCCUUUACUCAGAUUGCCUACACACUUCUCUCGGUCACGACUUAUCGAGCAGCGUACAUUGUUUAUGAUAUGCAUCUAAUGUUGAGUGGACAUCAUGGUUAUAAUCUUAAACCAAACGAGCAUUUAUUCGCAUCUACUAACAUCUACGCAGACAUUCCUAAUCUUGUUUGGCGAAUGUUUAAAUUUAUCGUCAUAACUCCACUGGUUAAGGUGUAUCAGUUUAUGGCAAGUUGCUGCUUUGCAGAAGUGUGUUAGUUACAAUCUAUUCAUUAAUAGUUCUCUUUGCAAUAUAUAUAUAUAUAUAUAUAUAUAGAUAUUUAUAUGCUCAUAUCGCUGAUUUACUUUAAUAGUGCCAUAAUCCAAAAAAUAUAAAAAAAAUAGUUAAUAGUGGUGCAAUUGCAUAGCUGCAUCGAUUACCAUAUGUAUUCAGUUUUACUAUGCGAGCAUACUUAUGUAAAUUAACAAUUUUGAAGCAAUUUAUCUCAACUUUUACUUAUUUGAGUUAUGACACUAUUGAACCAAAUGAGCGAUAUACAUAUGAAAAUCGCUAUAGCAUCGCAUUUAAUAUUGAAAUAUCGCUUUUGUCAGCAAAAUUUAUUGAAAACUCAUAACUAUUAGCUCUUGUUGAGAAAUAUGUGGAUUUUAAUUGCUUGUCAUUGUUUGUUCACCAUUAAAGUUAAAAAGUGUUAUCAUAAAGGAAAAUAAAUAUUUGCCUAUACAGCUGCGAACAUGAAAAUAGCAGAGCCAAAUGUAAUCUAUUAAUGGAAAAUAUUGAUUUCCAAAAUGUAAAAA